UGUUAAAUCGUCGCGUACCUGUCAGCACUCGUGCCAUUCCGUGACAGCCGAGGUAAAACCGAAAAUAUACGAGUCCAAACGAAGACCAUAUUGUCAUGUGACGGUGAAAUUUCAGUCACGAGAGUUUCUCUUCCUUGUUGGUGAUCGCGGACUCAUUCUGAGUACACAAAUAGCGAAAAGAGUCUGUGACAGCAAGAGUUCCCACGUCGUGAUGUCAGCACCGCCACCACCACCAUAUUCUGUAGGACCCCCUGCCGGAGCUUACCAACCCCAGCAAGGCUAUGGAGCCCCAGCAGGGGUCUACCAACCUGUUCAGGGCUACGGUCCACCUGCAGGAGCAUAUGAGCCACCCAAGGGCAUGGCCCCUCCUCCAGUUCCACCUGCUGGGGCCGUCCCCAGCUACCAGAACUACAAUGUGACUGUCACACAACCAACGUCCCAGGUUGUGGUAGUAGGAGGGUGCCCAGCUUGUCGUGUGGGGAUCCUUGAAGAUGACUUCACCUGCCUUGGGGUCUUGUGUGCCAUCCUGUUUUUCCCCAUUGGUAUUUUAUGUUGUUUGGCCAUGAGACAGAGACGCUGUGCAAACUGUGGGGCUAUCUAUGGCUAGAAAACAUUUCACCUGCCUUGAAGAAAAACAUCACAACAGCAAACCGCCAUAUUUGACAUAUUAGAUGCUUUUUUGUUAUAUCUGGUCUCAAUUUUGAGGAGUUGUGCCAGGUAGGAUCUGCUACCCCUCCUGGGUUUGAAUCUUAUAUUCUUGUAAGAAUGUGACCAUGUAAAUCUGAAUAUUAAACAAUGUUUUUGUUUAUUGUCCCUGGUGUCUGUAAAGUCACAUCUGGCUAAUGUAGUAUUGGUUCUUACCACAUCUGCACAUUCAGCAAAUUGUUAAAUCCUCAAUAGGAAUCUUACCCUGUAUUUGCUUCAGGCUUGGGUCGACCAUCAGUCUCCAAGCAGGCCUAGAUAGACCCCCAACAAUAGACAUUGUAGAACUUUGCUUGUCAUACUGACAAAACCCCACAUGAAAUCUAAGCAUCCAAUAUGUUGAAGACAGUUUGUGUGCUAAGUAUUUGGACAACGUGACUUAAAUCAAAAAGAUAGAUAUAUUUUCAGAUGUUGGGUGAUUUGGGGUUCUUUGUUUAUCUUUUAUGAAACUUAUUUGAAGUUUUGUUGUGUUAACUGGAGAUGGUUAUUCAGCGUUUUCGAUUGCUUUCUUGUACAAAGUGAAAUGUAUGUAUUUGUAAGUGCUAACCGAUUGUGUUCAUAGAACACUUGUGGGAAGAUUUUUACACCAAGUCCGACUUUAGCCUGAAAUGUCUGUAUGACUUAUUCGAAGACUAAAUACAUAACUUGAGAUUAUGUAUAUUUUUGUGCUUUUUAUGUUUAUCAUGUAUGUUUUUGUGUUUAAAUAAUAAGUUAUGUAUUUUGUAUUGUUUGUUUUUUGUUGCUUACCGAUACUAAGACAUAGAGACUACUAUCUUCUGAUUAUUUGUUAAUUAAAUUACAGUUUAGUUGUGCUUUUUGUUAAAGAGUGGACAAUCUUCAGAAACAAUCUUGAGAUGAUCAGUUAAAACUGACAGUUGUGAGUCAAGUCUAUUGACAGUAAAGACAGUCUCCUGCUGAUUGCCUUUUCUGCUUCUGAUAAUGAAAGUAAUGUUUUAUACUUACUCUGUUGGCUUUUUGAUUUUCUAUGUGUUUUUUCCCCAUAAAACUGCACUACACCAAGCUAUGGGAGUUACUGUGAUAGACAAAAGUUGUGUUUGUGGAUGUGGUGCUUCCUGCACACUUGGAAGUGGAGAUCUACUCAAAUGUCACUUGUGUUAUAUUUAGACAUAGUCAUGCAUGUGGAAAGAGAUGUGGAUACCCUUCCACUGGCAGGUCCUUGAACCAGCAGCUUCUCAGUGGGGCUAUUCUGUUGUUAUGCCCUGAUUUGUAGUCUGCUCGUAUGUACAGGAAUUGGAGAUAUUUCUCUUGUCACAGAUGUUUGUCAUUGAGUGGCCUGCAAACUUGGUAUUUUCAUGAAUGAUGGUCUUUGUGACGGAUGAUAGGAUGUUCACGAGUAUUUCAACAGUGUGAAGAUAGUUUGAUGGAUAGUGUUAUUUUGGCACACAUGAACUUUUUGUUGAUGGGGAGGGAAUAGGACAGGUUAUGUGUAACCUAAGUCCAUUUGUACAGAGCAUGAGGUCUGUUGUGUGUAUAUGUAGGUGCGAUUACCUUGUGCAAGGAGUAUGUGUUUUCAUGCAUGUAUUCUCACUCAAUCUCUUGUGCACAAUGAUGUACAUACAUACAACUAGCUACAACAUACUUUUACAAUAUGACCUGUCAUAUCAGAAAUCAAUGAUAUCAUGUGUCAUUGGACUAUUGACAAUUGCCACGGUAAUUUUGAUUUAGGGACCAGAAGAAUUUUGAUUGGUAAGAACAGUUUUAAUCCUGUUUUCUCUCAAAAAUACAUAAACAGUGAACCAUCAUAAUCUAAAAUGUGUAAUAAGUGGGAAGUUAAUGUUCUGUCCGUACUUGUACGUGUUGAGAUAAUUGUUAUGAAACCACUUAUUCUGGACAGGAAUACCAGGCACCUGGCUUUCUGCCUGAACGUUCUCCCUUAUUGUAAUGAUAUGUGGAUUGGCUUCUUGUUGACUGUACCCUCAUGAAUCAAGAACAACUCAACAUGUACAUUCCUAUUGUAUAAAUGAUUAUGUUAUUAUAAUGAAAUGAAACAUU